AUGAUAAAGAUAUGGAGAGAGCAAAUUGAAAGAUAUAGGGAUCGUGUGAGGCAAAAAACUAUUGUUAAUUAUCCAGAGUCACCGCCGCCUUCGGACCAUGAAGAUCCACACUUCGAUCCUCAAAUAUUGGACAAUAGAGCUUCAGGUGCCAAUAGACCCUCAGCAAAACAGAGGAAACGGAUAAAUGAGCUUAUCAAAAAACAAAAAAGCGAAAUUGAUCGAUUAAAAAACAAGGUGAAGAGAUUUCAAAGGAAACUAGAUCACGUAAGAAGUCUAAAAAUGUCACCAAAGUCGAAAGUAGACCGAUUACUAAAAAAAAAAAAACGAAACCAAGUAAUCAGGAGAACGUGGAAGAAGCAUCUGUCAUUCAGUAAGGUAGUUCAAAAUCAACUAAAAGAAAAUAUAAACCAUACCAAAAAGAAAAAUGAGAAGACACGUAAAGUAUUGAGUUGUAGGUUUGUUAGAAAGUACAAUGUUUUAAGUCAAAUUGAUAUGAAGCCUGUGAAACGAUAA